AUGGAGGUGCUCGGCGCCGUUUCGAGUGCAGUCGCAUUGGCAGAAAUCUUCGCGAAAAGCGUACUCACGACAAAAAAGCUUUGGGAUGAGGCACAAGAUGUCCCCGAAGAGAUCAAUCGACUGAUGAACGAUCUCACGCAUUUGAAACCGAUGCUGGAAGAGGCCGAGGCAGUCUUCAUAAAUCAGGCUCAAGACCCAUCUACCGAUACGGCUCUACUACUCAUGCAUAACUACAAGGAGGUGUCUGGGAAGCUUCACCUAUUGGCUGCGGAUUUGAAUCAACGGAUCGUGACAGCGAAAAGGGGGAAGAGGAACUUGACGAAGCUGAGGGCAAUGUUGAGUAAGACCCUGAUCCAACGAUACCGAUCAGAAUUGGACACCAUCUCCCGGACACUUUCGUUUUUCUUCAAUGUGAAUAACUUGCACUCACAGAGGGAGUCACAAGCCUUGCAUUUGCAAUCUAUUAGCCUCCACAGAAAUACGGACGACAAAAUUGGUCAGCUUUUGUCCAUGGUUCAGUCUCAUCUGCUGCUACAAACCGUAAACAAUGUCCAGCCCGAUCGGCUUGGAGAAGACCCAAACAAUUCCGACGGCCGCAUGGUGGAAGACCUAGUUGAGAAAUCAAACUUCAACGACCUAGUCCAAGGAGGAAGACUUCAGAGGAGGCAGAAGCCAAAGCCGAUCGCGUGGCGCCAGCGACGCUUGUUGGGCGGUUACACCUACCAGAUUUCAAAGCAUCCCGGAAAACCGACAGCACAAGUUCUUCAAGUGCGGGUUGAACUCAAGUGCGGGUUGAACUCCCAUGGCGCCUGUCUGGAAGAGCCUGGGACUUUGAAGCAUACAGUAGCCCAAUGGGGUGGAACGCGUCAAUCAGACCUUGGACUACCCGUCCGAAAUGCGAUCGAAUUUUCGACCUUGUCAGACAAGGCUCGUGGCCUGAAGUCGCAGAGCAUUUGA